AUGGUCUACGGCCGGGGCCAGGCAUGGCGGACAGCGCUACGACAGUCACAACUCCGCGCAUAUACCACGACGAGAACGCCGUGUAGAGUAUGUCAGGCUCAGAUCUCUGCGAGGCCUGCAUCGGCCCAAGCACAGCAUAGAAUAGCGCAUUCUUAUCUUGGAACGUCUUUGCCGCUGUCACGAGACUUUUCGACUUCGCCAGCGAGGAGAAAAGAGAAGCCGCCUCCAUCGGAAGAUGGGGCCGAGUUGAAAGAGGAGAAGAAAGAGGAGUCUCCAGAGAAGGAUGAGCGGGUAGACGCAAAGAGCAAGACUUCAGAGCCAACACCUAUUCCUGGCGCGGAUGGCAAAGUAGCGAGUGCGGGCAGUGGUGGUAGUGGUAAGGCAGGCUCUGGGGAUGGCAGUGAUGGUGGCAAUCGGAAACGAAAGACUCCUGGCAAGGAGGUUGCGAAAUUGCAGAUACCCGAGGUCUAUCCUCAAGUCCUGGCCAUACCCAUCGCACAAAGGCCUCUGUUCCCUGGUUUCUACAAGGCCAUCACGAUUAGAGAUCCGAACGUUGUCGCGGCGGUUCAAGAACUGUUGAAGCGAGGCCAGAGCUAUGUGGGAGCAUUCUUGCUCAAGGACCAAGAGAGCAGCCAGGAUGUCAUCAACGAUCCCAGUGAGGUCUACGAUGUUGGAACUUUCUGUCAAGUGACUGGCGCAUUCCCAGCUGGUCAUGGUGAGGACAAGGCUCUGCAGGCUGUGCUAUAUCCCCAUCGACGAAUCAAGCUCAGCGAGUUGAUCCCUCCGAACCGUGGCCCGCCUGCUGCACCAGAGCCAUCGCAGGCUGCACAGGCGACGAUUGAGGGCGAGACCCCAGUGGAAGCAGCCCCUCAACCCCCACCGACGCCGCAACCGCAAGCACAAGCACCGCCAGCAGAGGGCGAGGAGAAGCCAGGCGAUGUAGUAGCCAGCUUUGAAGAGAAAGACUUGACAGCAGACAAGGAGCAACAAAAGAAUCUGUUCCAGCCUACAGACUUCCUCAGAUCAUGGCCAGUCAGCCUGGUGCAGGUGGAGAAUCUUGCAGAUGAGCCGUUCGACAAGCGCUCGCCGGUCAUCAAAGCUCUGAUCUCCGAGAUCGUGAAUACCUGCAAAGAGAUUGGCAACGUCAACCAUCUCUUCCGAGAUCAUGUCUCUGCCUUUGCGAUGUCGCAGUCUGCGGCAAAUAUCGCAGACGAACCCGCCAAACUUGCAGACUUCGCAGCAGCUGUAUCUGGAGGUGAGAUGGAGGAAGCUCAAAGUGUACUCGCUUCUUUGAACAUCGAGCAACGGCUGAGUAAAGCACUGGAAGUCAUUAAGAAGGAGCACAUGAACGCUCAGCUGAGCAGCAAGAUCUCGAAGGAUGUCGAGAGUAAGAUUCAGAAGCGUCAGCGAGAAUACUGGCUCAUGGAGCAGAUGAAGGGUAUUCGAAGAGAGCUUGGUCUGGAAAGCGACGGCAAAGACAAGCUGGUCGAGAAAUUCAAGGAGAAGGCGUCAAAGCUUGCAAUGCCUGAAGCUGUGAAGAAGGUCUUCGACGAGGAGCUCAACAAACUAGCCCACCUGGAGCCGGCCGCGAGCGAGUUCAAUGUGACGAGGAAUUACUUGGACUGGCUCACGCAAAUACCCUGGGGACAGCGAAGUGCAGAGAACUUUGGAAUCCAACACGCUAGGGACGUCCUUGACGAAGACCAUCAUGGUCUGAAGGAUGUCAAGGACCGCAUUCUGGAGUUUAUUGCAGUUGGAAAGCUGCGAGGAACUGUUGAAGGCAAGAUCCUGUGCAUGGUCGGCCCGCCCGGUGUUGGAAAGACAAGUAUCGGCAAGUCCAUUGCUCGAGCUUUGAACAGACAGUACUACCGCUUCAGUGUCGGUGGUCUGACUGAUGUUGCUGAGAUCAAGGGUCAUCGAAGAACAUACGUUGGUGCGCUACCAGGUCGAAUCAUCCAGGCUCUGAAGAAGUGCCAAACCGAGAACCCUCUGAUAUUGAUUGACGAAGUUGACAAGAUUGGUCGGGGCCACCAAGGAGAUCCUUCUAGUGCUCUGCUGGAGCUGCUUGACCCCGAGCAGAACAAUUCUUUCCUGGAUCACUACAUGGACGUUCCAGUGGACCUUUCCAAGGUACUCUUCGUCUGCACAGCCAAUAUGACCGACACCAUUCCGCGGCCGCUCCUCGACAGGAUGGAGAUGAUUGAACUUUCUGGAUACGUUUCAGACGAGAAGAUGGCUAUCGCCGAGCGAUACUUAGCACCUCAGGCCAAAGAGAUCAGCGGGCUGAAAGACGUCGAUGUCAACCUCGACAAGGAAGCCAUCACCGAACUCAUCAACAAGUACUGCCGCGAAUCUGGUGUUCGAAAUCUCAAAAAGCAGAUCGAGAAGGUCUACCGCAAGUCAGCUUUGAAAAUCAUUCAAGAUCUUGGUGAAGACGUCUUGGGCGAGGAGCAAGCUUUGACUGAGGAGGGCAAAAAGGCUGCUGAAGAGGCUAAGAAGGAUGAGACCGAUGUCAAGGAGACACCGGAAAACAUUGAACAGGAGACGACGGAGGAACCACGUGUUGCGCUGAAGGUGCCAGACUCGGUACAUGUGACCAUCGGCAAAGAUAACUUAAAGGAUUAUGUCGGUCCACCAGUCUUCACCUCUGAUAGACUCUACGAUACCACGCCGCCUGGUGUUGCAAUGGGCCUGGCAUGGACUCAGAUGGGCGGUGCAGCGCUCUAUGUGGAAUCGAUAUUGGAAAACGCCCUGUCGUACAACUCUCGACCUGGCCUCGAACGGACCGGUAACCUGAAGGCUGUUAUGAAGGAAUCGACUCUGAUCGCUUACUCUUUCGCCAAGGGCCUGAUGGCCAAGCAAUAUCCAGGAAACAAGUUCUUCGAGAAGGCCAGGAUACACUUGCACUGUCCUGAGGGCGCCGUGCAGAAGGAUGGACCAAGCGCCGGUAUCACCAUGGCGACAUCACUGCUCUCUCUGUCGCUUGACAAGCCUUUGGACCCAACCAUCGCAAUGACCGGUGAGCUGACAGUGACUGGCAAGGUCCUCAGGAUAGGCGGUCUUCGAGAGAAAACCGUAGCUGCGCGAAGAGCCGGCGCUCGGAUGAUUAUUUUCCCAAGUGAUAAUCUGAGCGACUGGCUUGAGUUGCCUGAGAAUAUCAAAGAAGGCAUCGAAGGCAAGCCAGUUGACUGGUACUCCGACGUCUUCAAGCUCGUCUUCAGCGACGUCGAGGAAGCCCAGGCCAAUGGUCUGUGGAAGAAGGAACUUGCCAAGCCGCCGAAAGAGGAGAGCGAGAAGGAGAACGAGGACGACUAG